AAUGUGGUCCAGAGCAGGAAAGCAAAGGGCCUAUUCACAUUCUUCUCAGCACCAAGUUGCACUCCCAGGCUCUGCGUGCCGGACUGAAGAGAGGGCGCUCAAGCAGGAUCUUAAGCUGAGCCCCUUGGCGCGUCUGGACGCACUUAAACACCACUGGUGACUGUUUUCCCUAGUUGCAAGCAAGAAGGCCAGCUCCGUCCUGGUGAACCGCGGGGCACUUGGGGAAGUGUUGUCCAUCGUCUAACGGACCGGGGCUCGGAUUGCUGUCAGCCCCAGUCUGCACUGACCUCAGUGGCGCUCCUCCCUUAGCCGAAACUGGUCGUUCCACUUGGGCUGUGUUAUGUGGAAUCGGGACCUGUGUCCACGGGCUCGGUGAGUUCUUCACGUAUUAAGGAUUCAUUCAUUGAUCCAUUCACCAUUUAUUGAACACUGUGCAACAGGCACAAUUCUAGUUGCUUGGCAUAUAGUAGUGAACAAAAGAGACUGACUCCCUGCUACCAUGGUACUUACGUUAUUGUGGGUCAGAUAACAAACAAGCUCGGUCUCCUCAGGUUCUGCCCCUUCCCAGGAAGAAGAGGAAAUGACUGAUUCCCAGGAAACAGUGACAUUCAAAGAUGUGGCUAUUGACUUCACCCAGGAGGAGUGGCAGCGACUGGACCCUGCUCAGAGGAACCUGUACCGGAACGUGAUGCUAGAAAACUAUAACAACUUAAUCACAGUGGGCUUUCCAUUCACCAAACCUGAUGUGAUUUUCAAGCUGGAACAAGAAGAAGAACCAUGGGUGGUGGAAGAAAAAGUGUUAAGGAGACACUGUCCAGGAGAAGUAUGGGGAAUUGAUGAGCAUCAGAAAAACCAGGAAAGACUUUUGAGGCAAAUUGAAGAUAAAUUCAAGGAAACACUGACUGAGGAAAAAGUCAAUGAAUGUCAUAAGAAAUUUGCAAAUACAUUUCCUCUGAACUCUGUCUUUGUUCCUUCCAGACACAACCUCUAUGAAUAUGACUUAUUUGGAAAGUGUUCAGAAUAUAAUUUAGACAGUUAUUAUAAUGAGAGAAGCUAUAUAAGGAGGGAAUAUUGUAAACAUAAUGAUCCUGGGAAAUCAUUUUACAAUAGUUCAUCCUAUCAUGUAGUAACCCCAUUUAAGUGUAAUCAUUGUGGGAAAGGCUUCAGCCAGACAUUGGACCUUAUCAGACACCUGAGAAUUCAUACUGGAGAGAAACCUUAUGAAUGUAAUAAAUGUAGGAAAGCCUUCAGCCACAAGGAAAAACUGAUUAAACAUCAUAAAAUUCAUAGUAGGGAGCAGUCUUAUAAAUGUAAUGAAUGUGGGAAAGUUUUCAUUAAAAUGUCAAAUCUCAUUAGACAUCAGAGAAUUCAUACUGGGGAGAAACCCUAUGCAUGUAAAGAAUGUGGGAAAUCCUUCAGCCAGAAAUCAAAUCUUAUUGAUCAUGAAAAAAUUCAUACUGGAGAGAAACCUUAUGAAUGUAAUGAAUGUGGGAAAGCAUUCAGCCAGAAGCAAAGCCUCAUUGCACAUCAGAAAGUUCAUACUGGGGAUAAACCUUAUGCAUGUAAUGAAUGUGGUAAAGCUUUCCCUCGAAUCGCAUCCCUUGCUCUUCAUAUGAGAAGUCAUACAGGAGAAAAACCUUAUAAAUGUGACAAAUGUGGAAAAGCCUUCUCUCAGUUCUCAAUGCUUAUUAUACAUGUGAGAAUUCAUACAGGUGAGAAACCUUAUGAGUGUAAUGAAUGUGGAAAAGCCUUCUCUCAAAGCUCAGCCCUUACUGUGCAUAUGAGAAGUCAUACUGGUGAGAAACCCUAUGAAUGUAAGGAGUGUAAGAAAGCCUUCAGCCACAAGAAGAACUUCAUUACACACCAGAAAAUUCAUACUAGAGAAAAACCUUAUGAAUGUAAUGAAUGUGGGAAAGCCUUCAUUCAGAUGUCAAAUCUUGUUAGACAUCAGAGAAUUCAUACUGGAGAAAAACCCUAUAUAUGUAAGGAAUGUGGCAAAGCCUUUAGCCAGAAAUCAAAUCUCAUUGCUCAUGAGAAAAUUCAUUCUGGAGAGAAGCCUUAUGAAUGUAAUGAGUGUGGUAAAGCCUUCAGCCAAAAGCAGAACUUUAUCACACAUCAGAAAGUUCACACUGGAGAGAAACCUUAUGAUUGUAACGAAUGUGGGAAAGCCUUCUCUCAAAUUGCUUCCCUUACACUUCAUCUGAGAAGUCACACAGGGGAAAAGCCUUACGAAUGUGAUAAAUGUGGGAAAGCAUUCUCUCAGUGUUCAUUGCUUAAUUUACAUAUGAGAAGCCAUACUGGUGAGAAGCCCUAUGCAUGUAAUGAAUGUGGAAAAGCAUUCUCUCAAAGAACUUCUCUUAUUGUGCACAUGAGAGGUCAUACAGGUGAAAAACCCUAUGAAUGUAAUAAGUGUGGAAAGGCUUUUUCCCAAAGCUCAUCUCUUACUAUACAUAUACGAGGUCAUACAGGUGAGAAACCCUUUGACUGUAGUAAAUGUGGAAAAGCCUUCUCUCAAAUCUCAUCUCUUACUCUACAUAUGAGAAAACAUACAGGCGAGAAGCCUUAUCAUUGUAAUGAAUGUGGCAAGGCUUUUAGCCAAAAGUCUCACCUUGUUAGACACCAGAGAAUUCAUACACAUUAGAAACCCUAUGAAUAUUGUGAAUGUGGGAAACCUUAAGAAGGAAUUAACACCUCACUGCACAUUACAUAAUUGGUUUUUAGAAUGGAAAAUUAUGAAUGUGGAGGAUUCUGGAGUAGUCACAUAUUUAUGCAACAUCAGAAAAUUCAUACCAAGGUGACACAAUGUUGGUAUAAUGAAAAAGUUGGUCAUCAAAAACCUGUAUCAUACAUCUAACUUACUGAUAUUUAAUCAGAAUUUUCAUUAAAUUCUGUGACAAGGUAUCUGCUGUCAGCACUACUUAUCAACAUAAUUCUUGAGCUCCUAGCCAAUGUAUUAAACAAGAAAAAGAUUGGAAAAAAGAGGAAAUAAUAUAAAUAAAUUUUUAUAUGAGGACUAGUUCACUAGAAAAUGUGUUGAUAUAAAAUAUUUAAGAAUAAACACAACAAUGGAUUACAAUACAUUUAUAUAUAAAGGUAUAAAACAUGUUUGGUCACAAAAGAACACUUGAAAAAAUGGAGAGAAAUAAAAUUAUAUCUGAAAAGACAUAAUAUAAAACCAUGAGCUCUCCCCCAACUCUCUAAGUUUAAUGUACUUCCACUCAAAAGUUUUCACAAGUUAAUAUUUCUUAAAAGAACUUCAAAAACAGAUUCAAAAUUUUAUCAGAGAUACAGGUAGAGUAGCACAAAUAGCUGAAACAAUUUUCUAAAAAAUGGAAGACCCACUCUACCAGGUGUCAUCACAUUCUUUAAGGCUGAGAUCAUUUAAAUGAUGUGUCACUGAUGUAUUAAAUUCCCAUGGACUUUUGUAUGGAAACAAAUAGGGGAGUCAUACAAAAGUCCAUGGAAGUUUUAUGUAUGAUAGUGCUAGCAAAAUCAUUGGUGGAAAGGAUAACCUAUUCAAUAGAUAGAAGAUUCACAUGAGAAAAAAUUAUCUCUCUAUAUUCAAAAAUAAAAUCCAAAUGGAUCAAAGACCAGAAUACAAAAGGCAAAAAUCUAAAACUAUGAUGAAAAUAAAAUGGAACAUAUUUAUUACCUUAAAGUGACAAUUUAUUUUAAAACACAAACAUGUAAAAAUCAAUUUUAUAUAUAUAUAUAUAUUGGCCUCAGAGGAACUCAUAUAUGUGCAGAAGGAGAUAUACAUCACUAUGUUCACUGCAUCAUGGUUUGUAUUUGUGCUAGAUUGGAUAUAACAUAAAUCUCCACCAACAGAAGGGUCAGUAAAAUUAUUUCUAUGGUAAUGAUAGAAUACUAUACAGUAUUUAGAAAUAAGGUACAAAAUCCACACAGAAUUACAUAGAUAGAUUGCAAUACACAUUAUAAAGAGAAAAAAAAGCAAAAUGCACAAUGAAACAUGCUAUAACAUUUGUAUAAAUUUAAUAAAUUUAACAAUGCAAAGAACAUUACUGUAUAUUGAUCAUGGAUCCAUAUAUAACAUUGUUCCCUUUUAGGAAGUGGGAAAGGUUUGGAGAAAAUUGUUAUAUUUACCUGUAAUAUUUCUUUAAUAAAAGAAUGAAAGCGAAUAUAAGAGUGGUAACAAUUCUGAUGCCAAAAUUUUGGGUUUGUUAUAUUCUUUCUUGCCUUUCUGUAUUUUUCUAAUUUCUCUAAAAUAACAUACAAGUUGGUGGGGAAAAUCUAGGUUUAUAGAAGCAAUUUUAAAAUGUAUUUUUUUCUUGGUCAGAUACUAACAUUUAUAGAAAACGCUUUAAUAAUACACAAACCAAGUCUGAUUUAAGGUAAUAUUUUGUUUACUCUCUCAUAAUGUUAAUGGGGAUAAUGAAAAUGAGUUGUUUAUAGCACUAUUUGAGGCCAGCUUUAAAUAUUUAAAUAGUUUUGUCCCAAACAUAAGUGCUUUCCCUAUUUGAAAGCAGUGAGGAAAUGAAAGAAUUAUUUUAUUGUGGGAAAAUUUACUCUCUAUUUGGAAAAGAACAAAAACAUCCCACCCACAGCAUUUUGGGUUGGUUUCAGGUUAAAGAGAAGUGACCAUUCAGACUGACUGCAAAAUUUAAUUUAUUAGUGUUCUACUAUGUCAAGCCAAGGAUAGUUACCAGCAUCAGA